UUUUAUCUAUAUAUAUUGCAUAAUCUUUCAUAUGCUUCUUCAUUCACAACUCACACACUUCAUUGUCUUCUCUUUCUCUUCAAGCUCUAGAUAUUUUUAUAUUUUAUUUUCUAUGGCUACAUUUACUAAAUUAUGUGUUACAUUUUCCAUUCUAGUUUCUCUCUUAGCUUGUUUUACCAAUGCACAACUUUCUCCUAACUUCUAUGGAAGAACUUGUCCUACCCUUCAAUCCAUUGUGCGUAGUGAAAUGACCAAAGCUAUCAAUAAUGAAGCUAGGAUUGGUGCUUCUAUACUUCGUUUGUUCUUCCAUGAUUGCUUUGUCAAUGGAUGUGAUGGAUCUAUUUUAUUGGAUGACACUGCGACAUUUACCGGUGAAAAAAAUGCAGGACCUAACAAAAAUUCAGCUAGGGGUUUCGAAGUUAUUGAUACUAUUAAAACUAGUGUUGAAGCUUCUUGCAAUGCCACCGUCUCUUGUGCUGAUAUUCUAGCACUUGCUACUAGAGAUGGAAUAGCUCUGCUUGGAGGACCCUCAUGGAUAGUACCACUUGGAAGAAGAGAUGCAAGAACAACAAGCCAAAGUGCAGCCAACAGCCAAAUCCCUGGACCAUCAUCUGACCUUGCAACACUCACUAAAAUGUUCCAAAACAAAGGUCUAACAUUAAAUGACCUAACUGUCCUUUCUGGUGCACACACAAUAGGCCAAGCAGAAUGUCAAUUUUUCCGAACUCGAAUUUACAAUGAAACCAACAUUGACACAAACUUUGCAACUUCAAGAAAAACAAAUUGUCCUGUUUCUGGUGGUGACACUAAUUUAGCACCUCUUGAUUCUCUUACUCCAACUACAUUUGACAACAAUUACUAUAAUGACCUUAUUGCUAAUAAAGGACUUUUACAUUCUGAUCAAGUUCUUUUCAAUGGUGUUGGUUCUCAAGUUUCUUUGGUUAGGACUUAUAGUAGAAAUAGUAUUGCUUUUAGAAGAGACUUUGCUGCUGCUAUGGUGAAGAUGAGUAGAAUUAGUCCUCUCACCGGGACAAAUGGGGAGAUAAGAAAGAAUUGUAGACUUGUGAAUUAAUUUUUCAUGAGUCGGAGGGCUUAUUAGCAAUUAAAUAAAUAUUGUGUUAAAGGUUUAUGAGAAA